AUGAAGAGACUCCUGGUGCUUUGUGACUGCCUCUGGGCCUGGAGCCUCCUUCUGAAUGCAUUGACUGAAAGAAGCUAUGGACAAACCUCGUCACAAGAUGAACUUAAAGACAACACCACAGUAUUUACCAGAAUAUUGGAUCGUCUGCUGGAUGGUUAUGAUAACCGCUUGAGACCAGGACUGGGAGAGCGUGUAACUGAAGUGAAGACUGACAUCUUCGUCACCAGUUUUGGGCCUGUUUCAGACCAUGAUAUG